CGAGGGAGGCUGUAGAGGCGGGCCCCCAACCCUGCGCUGCGGCCGCGGCGACGCCGAGGACCGUGACGGUGAGCCCCGCGCCGCCCGCCCGCCUGCCUUGCUCUCCUCUCCCUCCUGGAGUCGCCCGCACCGGCUUUCUCCGACCAGCCUGUGCGCCCGGAACAGUGGCAACACCAUGGCGCGGUUCCUGAGACUCUGCACUUGGCUGUUGGCGCUCGGCCCCGGGCUCCUGGCGACCGUGCGGGCGGAAUGCAGCCAGGACUGCGCGACCUGCAUCUACCGCCUGGCGCGCCCGACCGAUCUCAACCCGCUGGCUUGCACACUGGAAUGUGAGGGGAAACUGCCUUCUCUCAAGACCUGGGAAACCUGCAAGGAGCUUCUGCAGCUGUCCAAGCUGGAGCUCCCUCCAGACGGCAACAGUGCCCUCGGCAAACAGGAGGACCACCGCUUGCUCGCCAAGAAGUACGGGGGCUUCAUGAAGAGGUAUGGAGGCUUCAUGAAGAAGAUGGAUGAGCUGUACCCCCUGGAGCCGGACGAAGAGGCAAACGGAGGUGAAAUCCUUGGCAAGAGAUACGGGGGCUUCAUGAAGAAGGAUACGGAGGAAGACGACUCCAUAGGCAAUCCCUCCGACCUGCUGCUGGGAGAGGGGAACCAGCGAGAAGGGGCUCCCCACCAGGAGGGCAGGGAUGACGCAGACGUGAGCAAGAGAUACGGGGGCUUCAUGCGAGGCUUAAAGAGAAGCCCCCAGCUGGAAGACGAAGCCAAAGAGCUGCAGAAGCGGUACGGCGGCUUCAUGAGAAGAGUGGGUCGCCCGGAGUGGUGGACGGACUACCAGAAAAGGUAUGGCGGCUUCCUCAAGCGCUUUGCAGAUUCCCUGCCCUCCGACGAAGAAGGUGAAAGUUACUCGAAGGAAGUUCCCGAAAUGGAGAAAAGAUAUGGAGGAUUUAUGAGAUUUUAAUCCCCUUUCCCAUCAGUGAGCCCAGGCCCCAGCAAGCCUUCCUCCACCCCCCCGUGAGAGACUGCUUCGCCGGUCGUGUUGUAUUGUCCUGUGUUGCUUGCAUUAUACAGUUGACUUGAUUGUCUGGAUAACUUAACUGUACAACCUGCAAGCUGUCAUUCCAGGUCCUGUGUUCUUUUGAGAAUCCUUAAGCCUUUCAGUAUUGGUCUCUUGCAGCUGUCUUGUUUACAUGCUCAAAUCGUUUUUGGUAUUACCUUGUCCUUUAUUUUUGACAAAACGCCAAUAAAUGCAUACUUGUAUGUAGAUAUAAUAAACCCAUCACCCCAACCGCA